AAACGUCAUUACUUCUUAAAUUACAUUACCUUGUUUCCCCGCAAAGCCGCCUUUCAAAACAGUGAAUCACACACUUCAACUCUGUCUCCAGGUCUCUCUGUCUCCCCCUUCUCUUUCUAUCUGAAACCAAAUAAAAAUAAAUUCGUGAACACCAUGGCAGUCUGCUCGUCUUCUUCUUCUUCUUCUUCAACAGGUAAAGCUUGGAUAGUUCACAGUAUUUUAGCUGGCACAGCAAUUGCGGUAGCCAUUGGUGCCCAUGCCUAUCUGGGUCGGGCUAGGAAGUUUCGGACACGGGUCGUGGGAAUUAUACCCGCCAGAUAUGCAUCUUCUCGGUUCGAAGGCAAGCCUUUGGUUCAUAUCCUUGGGAAACCCAUGAUCCAGAGGACAUGGGAGAGGUCAAAACUGGCGACCACACUGAACCAUCUAGUUGUGGCAACAGAUGAUGAAAAGAUAGCAGAAUGCUGUCGAGGAUUUGGCGCUGAUGUGAUCAUGACAUCAGAGUCUUGUCAAAAUGGCACCGAAAGAUGUAAUGAAGCUCUUGAAAAGCUAGAGAAGAAGUAUGACAUUGUUGUGAAUAUUCAGGGAGAUGAACCUCUUAUUGAACCUGAGAUAAUAGAUGGAAUUGUUAAAGCUCUGCAGGCAGCACCAGAUGCAGUGUUUAGCACUGCUGUGACUUCUUUGAAACCAGAAGAUGCUUUUGAUCCAAAUAGAGUGAAAUGUGUGGUUGAUAAUCGUGGUUAUGCUAUUUAUUUUUCUAGAGGACUAAUACCAUUUAACAAAUCUGCGAAAGUCAAUCCACAGUUCCCUUACAUGCUUCAUCUUGGAAUUCAGAGCUAUGAUUCAAAGUUUCUGCAAAUAUAUCCGAAGCUUCAGCCUACACCACUGCAACUAGAAGAGGAUCUGGAACAACUUAAGGUCCUUGAGAAUGGCUAUAAGAUGAAGGUGAUAAAGGUUGAGCAUGAGGCUCAUGGAGUUGACACACCUGAAGAUGUGGAGAAGAUUGAAUCAUUAAUGCGUGAGAGAAACCUGUCUUAAACAAUGUCUCUUCGGAAUAGGAAGGGUAUACAAUUUUCUACUAUCUUUAUUAAUGUAAGAUUUGAGAAUUAAAAUUAAUCAAAUGUUUUCUGAUAAAUCUUAAAUAA